AUGAGAGAAAUAAUAUCAUUGCAUGUUGGGCAAGCAGGAGUCCAGAUUGGAAAUGCAUGCUGGGAGUUAUUCUGUAUGGAGCAUGGGAUAAUGCCUGAUGGACGACUUGGUGAGAACCGGAUGGAUGAUGAGAGCGCAGAAUCUUUUUUUUCGCAGACGAGUGUUGGAACGUAUGUUCCCAGGACGCUGAUGGUUGAUCUUGAGCCUGGAGUGCUUGAAAGUAUCAAGAGUGGAAGAUACCGCGAUCUUUAUCAUCCAGGACAGUUGAUAUCUGGGAAGGAAGAUGCAGCAAACAAUUAUGCACGAGGACAUUAUACGGUUGGAAAGGAGAUUAUUGAGCCUGCAAUGGAGCAGAUAAGAAGGAUGGCAGACAACUGCGAUGGAUUGCAAGGAUUUUUGAUAUAUCACAGCUUUGGAGGAGGAACAGGAUCAGGAUUUGCAUCUUUGAUGAUGGACAGGCUAGCAUCAGAGUAUGGAAAGAAGAGUAAGCUUGAAUUUAGUGUGUAUCCGGCGCCUAAGAUAGCAACAGCAGUAGUUGAGCCUUACAACAGCAUACUGACGACGCAUACAACACUCGACUACUCUGAUUGUUCAUUUCUUGUUGAUAAUGAGGCAAUAUAUGAUAUGUGCAGGAACCUAGGGAUACAGAGGCCGUAUUACACGGACAUAAAUAGGAUUAUUGCGCAAGUGGUAUCGUCGAUAACUGCAUCGCUGAGAUUCCCUGGAUCAUUGAAUGUUGAUUUGACUGAGUUCCAGACGAAUCUGGUGCCAUAUCCACGAAUACACUUCCCGCUUGUUGCAUAUUCGCCUAUGCUGUCACGGGAGAAGGCAGCGCAUGAGAAGCUGAGCGUGCAUGAAAUUACGAAUGCAUGCUUUGAGCCGCAGAACCAGAUGGUGCGAUGCGACACAAAGAAAGGAAAGUACAUGGCAUGUUGCCUACUAUUCCGAGGAGAAGUGAAUCCGAAGGAGGCGAACAGUGCAACUGCUAAUGUGAAGGCGAAGAGGACGAACCAGUUUGUGGAGUGGUGCCCUACUGGGUUUAAGGUAGGAAUAAACAGCAGGAAGCCAACUGUUCUUGAAGGUGAAGCCAUGGCAGAAGUGUCUAGGGCUGUGUGUGCGUUGUCUAAUACAACUGCUAUUUCUGAGGCAUGGAAGAGAUUGAACAAUAAGUUUGACCUUAUGUUUUCGAAGAGGGCGUUUGUGCACUGGUAUGUUGGAGAGGGAAUGGAAGAAGGAGAGUUCAGUGAAGCCAGGGAAGACCUUGCAAUGCUUGAGGAUGACUAUCAAAGGAUAUCAUCUAAUGCAGAGCCUACUGAUGAGUAUUAA